UCUACCGUAGAGCUACACGCGUCCAUGGCCUGGCCUGUUCAUGUUGAAAAACUGCUCGUACUUGAUUUUAUUGAAGCUUUGAAGAUUCCAGAGCACAUUUGCUCCUGUCCGUACUGUAGUUCGCUUCUGACUCUGAAGUGAAGACAGUGCAGCUAUCGAACAGGAUGUUUGUGCCAGCAUGUUCAGCAGCAGUGUGGUUGCUUGCCGUGUUGGCCCUCAGCACGUUCUCUGAUUUGUCAUCUGCAUGCGGUGUACUGACACACAUCGAAAUUGGACAUCGCGCUUCGUUCUUCUACGAUGACAAACCCGACAGUAAAGUCAGCUACAAGGAGUUGAUUGCAAAGCAUCAGGAUGCUUUCCAAGCUGGUAAUCCUUAUCCUGACGCCUUUUACCCGGGUAUAUGUUAUGUUGGCGAGUACCAGAGUGUGUCCGAGGACUCCCAUUGGACUCCCUUCAUGGUGACCACCAUUGAUUACAUCAGAGAGAAGUACCCACAGCCAUGGAACGAAACAGCUGAGAAGCUUGUCGUCUUCCUGUUGGGAUUCACGUCUCAUCAGAUAGCUGAUGUUCUGUGGCACAACCUCGGUGUACAGGACGGGUUCCUGCAGGAAAUGGCCAACACGAAUUACCAUGGCGACUUCAACAAGGCACACCCUGUGGGUGAUGUGGGUGGUGAUGUAGUGGGUGCGUAUGAGUGGAACAAGACGUAUGUUGAGAACACACAAUGGUAUGUACCGUCGGAAGAUCUCUCCGAGAUUUACAAGCGCUACUACGAUGCGCGGACGCCGUUCAAUGUCAGCAGCACUGUGAUCGAGACCUGCACACACCUGCUCUUUCUAGCCCGGCUCGGCGAGAAGGGAGCGCUGAGAGAGCUGUUCCCGGAGUACGCCAAGAAGUCUCCGUUCCUGGUGGACGAGCUGAACGAGUAUUUCAUUGGUGGUGUAGACGACAAUGCCGCCUGGACCACAAUGCUGUGGCAUGACGCAGUGACCAUGCUGGAGAACGGUACCAAGGCAUGUGCCCACUCUAAGAACCCAGUGAGUGUGAGUUGCACGGGCAUACCGCCUCCUGUGUCUCAAGAAGGCAGCGAGAAAGACGUGCGCUCAGUUCCACCCACUUUCAAGAACAUUGCCGAUGAAGCGUUUGCCGACGUUGAGCGUGUUGGCCGUGGCAUAGUCAUAAAACCCUCGGCUGCCUACUUGAAGCACAUGGAGGAGACCCGUCAGCAGGCGGCAAAGAGACAGGAGAUGAGUCAGCAGGCGAAUCCGGCUCAGCAUGAACCAAACGCUGCGAAGCCGUCGUCACCAACUGCUGCCUACUAUUCGGUGACUCCGUACGCUCGUCUUGGCGCGGCGUUCAGCCAUGGCGACUUCAACAAUGACACGUACAUGGACCUUGCCAUCGGUGCUCCAGGCUUCAGCUCUCCACACCUACCGUUAGCUGGACGAGUGUACAUAGUGUUUGGAACGGACACGGGGCUGCCCAGCGUCACGGCCGAUAUCGACAGUGUAGCCAAGCUCACACUGCACGGCACUGUCAAGUUUGCCCGUUUUGGAUCAGCCAUUGCUUCGCUGGACUUUAACCUGGACGGCCUUACUGACAUUGUGAUUGGUGCGCCGAGUACGCAGACCGAGGGUACUCAGUAUCGCGGCGCUGUGCACAUCUUUCUCAACGCAGGCCACGGCGCCUUCCCCGACACUCCAAGUAUCUCUAUGGCCGGCAGCUCUUUCCACGAGAACUUUGGCUGGGCGCUGGCCGCUGGCGACAUGAAUGGUGACGGUAAAGCUGAUCUGCUUGUGUCCUCGCCGUUCCUGUCGGCUACUGACACUCUGCGCGAAUCUGGCAAGGUGCAGAUCUACUUGUCGCGUGCCAACCCUAACGCUAGUGGUCUGGUGGCGGAUAGCUGGCUGAACGGGCCUAUUUGGAACGGCUGGUUUGGUCACUCCAUCGUCACGGCAACCUCCAACAGCUACCGAUCGUUGCUAGCUGUCGGCGCACCGAAUGCAAACCAAUGCAUGCGUGUACCCGACUGUAGCAAGCAGUCAGCAGACGAUAAACAGAGCUCUGGACACCUGGUGGUGUACUCUAGUGAAUCGCUACAAGAUCUCAAGGCGGCGUACGAUAUCAUUGGCUGGGAUGUGUUUGAUAGGUGUGGCAGCGACACGGCCUUUGGCCGCUUCUUCCCGGGAGUUGAUGUCAUGGCCAUUGCGUGUCCUACGGCUAAUAUCACUGCCCAUGUUCUUGGUAUACCCACGACUCUCCAGCAGGCUGGCCGUGUAUUCCUGGUCAACGUCACCGAUAAGUUCAGCACGGCGCCAUUCGCAGUGCUGGAGGGUGAUCGGGCGUUUGGCCGGUUUGGCGCCACGGUCUCCUUUGGUGAUGUGACCGGUGACGGUCUGGAUGAGCUGAUCGUGACGCAGCCGCUGCGUAUCAACGACUUCACCGAACACCUGUACGGCGGCGAACAGGGCACGGCGUACGCGUUUGAAGGCGGCAGCGCGUUUGAAAAGAUGAAGUGGCCGUUCGUGACCAGCAACUGCGGAGGAGGAGUGACGCUGGAAGCGCCGUGUCCUGCCAAGGUUGCCGCCAUGCAGAUGGACGUGACGGAGGGAAACUCGCGCUUUGGCAGCAGCGCGCACUUGCUGCCCACUGCGAGUAAGAAAGCGACGCCAGUUAUCGCUGCCGCGCACAGCUCCCUCCGCGCAAGAAUGGCCGGAACAGUCUAUCUCUUCUAGCAAUGUAAUCCACUGCUACCUUUACUGCUACUUCAAGUACACUGUUCAGCCAGCCAUACGCUACAAUUUAAGGUAGUAGGGAGUAGUAAAUACCAUUAUGUUAUUACUCCCUGCCAGGUGUGGAAUGGUGUGUUCAGAAUUGCACACCUAUUAACACUGGUACAGUGCUGAUAGCGCCAACAGGAGAUGCUGCGCGAGAGGAUGGUGUGUUACAUGGGAACAUGGCCAUUGGCAAUGCGUACUUAGAACAUAGAUACAGGUCAUUCACCUCACCUGUCAUAGCAUGUUGCUUGUUUAUCCUUUUCUUGUUUGUCUUGUUCUUGUUUAUCCUUUUCUUGUUUGUCUUGUUCUUGUUUGUCCUUUUCUUGUUUGUCUUGUUCUUGUUUGUCUUGUUCUUGUUUGUCUUGUUCUUGUUUGUCUUGUUCUUGUCAUAGCAUACCCUGUGUUGAGUGCCUACUAGCAAUACUUCCUUGAAGUAUUUUAGAAGAAUCUAGUGACGAUAGUGCAUAGUACUUCAAGUACAUAGUACAUAGUACAUAGUGCAUAGUGCAUAGUACUUCAAGUACAUAGUGCAUAGUGCAUAGUACUUCAAGUACGUGUGCAGGUAAACACUUCUUAUCCUACACUGCUUGAAGACUGGCAUUUCAUUGACUAUUCUUUUUACUGGACACUGUAUUUAUCAAGUCAUUAGGUCCCCUUUAGGCUUUUUGUGUAGUUUUACUUGAGCAUGAUUGCGGGGCAGAGCGAUCCCCAAUGCUUUAUGAACUUAUUCCCAAGUAAGAGUAUGGCAUGCGCUUAUGCCAGUAUUAUGAAUCAGUGAAUAUUAUUAUCAAUAUUUUGACCUUCAUAAAUUCGGAACGACGCUUUUGACCUUUUCCACAACUAUUCUGCUAAAACAGUGCAAUACGUCUGCCGUGAAUUGAGAACUCGUGUUACAUCUUGUUUCUUAGUUUGGUCUAUGCUGUGUGGCGUGUUCAGUCAGCCUCGAGUGCAACGCAUGAUGUCAUCUAUCCAUGCAGGUCCAGAGAAAUGGGAGACGUUACUACCACACUGUUGUGUUCAUGGUUUACUGUUUUGUUUUCUUAAUUCUAAUUCUCUUCUCCCACUGUCUGAGGCAUCCACCGACUUUAGAUUGUGAUUUAUUUUCCUCUUUAAUUGCUGGCAGCUGCGGUGUUUUGUUUCCGUUUUUAUUCAAACUAAGUGUUCUGUUCAGAUCAUCUUCUGUUAUGGUCAUUAUCUGGUGUAGCUGUCCUGCACGGUUUAGUGAGUAUCAUUAUGCACUUGUGUCGUCCGCAUUUUUUCGCCUGUUCGGACAGUGUGUUUUUAGCUUGUGCGCAUUCUUUGGCUUGUGUUUUAUCUGCGGUAUCUGUCUUGCACGGUUUAUAUAUUAAUAUAGGGUCUAAGUGGGCGUACAUGUGUGUCGUCCGGAAUUAUUUUCGCCUGUUAUUCGGACAGUGUGAACCGUUUCA